UAUAAUCCAGUUACGUCGUGUUACGCCUGCGUUCGUACAAAUACCCGAACCCACGAAAGUUAGGGUUUGCAGCUCUUGCAGAAAAACCUUAAGCAGAGAGUUCGGAGAGUUCAGCUUCCGUUGCCGUCGCCAUGGGUCGUAUGCAUAGUCGAGGUAAGGGUAUUUCCGCUUCAGCUUUGCCGUAUAAGAGAACUCCACCAAGUUGGCUCAAAGUUUCCGCACAAGAUGUCGAUGAGAACAUUUGCAAGUUUGCGAAGAAGGGUCUGACUCCAUCUCAGAUUGGUGUUAUUCUUCGUGACUCUCACGGUAUUGCUCAGGUCAAGACCGUUACUGGGAACAAGAUCCUGCGUAUCCUCAAGGCUAACGGUCUUGCCCCUGAAAUUCCUGAGGAUUUAUACCACCUUAUCAAAAAAGCUGUUGCGAUAAGGAAGCAUCUGGAGAGGAAUAGGAAGGAUAAGGAUUCUAAGUUCCGAUUGAUCCUUGUUGAGAGUAGAAUUCACAGGCUUGCUCGCUACUACAAGAAAACGAAGAAGCUUCCUCCCGUCUGGAAAUAUGAAUCUACCACCGCCAGCACUCUCGUGGCUUAAGUUAUUUAUUGGACUUGGCAAAAAUUUUGCAAGAUUUUGAGCUGAACGAGUAUUUGGAAAUUGGAAUGAGCAAGUUGUUCACUUGUUUGGGUUCUUGUUCUGAUUCCCUUUUAAGUUUUUUUUCCCUUCUUUUGCUGGUGUGUUGGAGAAAUGGCUUUGAACUGUUUGGCUCGUGAUAGAUAUUUGUUCAAGUUUCUAGUAUUGUGAUUGACUAUUGAAGUAAAUGUUAAAAGUAACUGUGUGUGUUGGAACUUUUGAAAACCCGCUCUCCAUAACUUGUUUUAUAUCAAUCUUAGCUAUUCGUUCAAGUGA